AACCACGCAACAUCCAAAGGCAUGGCGAUUGUUUUUGGCCUGCCGAAAUUGUGUAGCCGACACGUUACACUCUGCUUGCUGAAUAACCAUUACAAGGCUAUUUCUACUUAUACUGUACAUCAUAACAAUGUCCUCUGCAAUCGCCAUAAAAAGAUGCGAAUUCCAAACAGACUAGAAACACUUCCAACAUGUUAUCAUAUUGGUGGGGCUCAUGUUAAAGAGAAUUUGCCCGUAAUAGAACCCAAUACUAUUACAGGCAAAGAUAUGAUCUUGGGUAUGUUGCAGUACAUUUGGCCAAAGGAUGACAAGACUAUUCGUAAACGAGUAACGUUGUCACUCGGAUUAUUGGCUGCCGCCAAAAUGUUAAACGUAUCUGUCCCAUUCAUACUUAAAUAUGCAAUAGAUGAUCUCAAUGAAAAACUUGGUACUAAUGGGGAUGCAUUGUUAACUAUGGAUUCAGCACCUGAAACUGUAUUAACUGUUGCAGCGACAUUAUUGAUAUCGUAUGGUGUUUGUAGAACUGCUGCUUCUGGUAUGAAUGAACUACGAAAUGCUGUAUUUGCUAGUGUGGCACAACAAUCCAUAAGAAAAAUUGCCAGAAAUGUUUUCUUACAUCUUCACAAUUUAGAUCUUCGUUUUCAUUUGUCUAGACAAACUGGUGCAUUAUCCAAGGUUAUUGAUCGUGGAAGCAGGGGAAUAAAUUUUGUACUUACUGCUAUGGUAUUUAAUAUUGUACCUACUAUAUUUGAAUUGGCAUUAGUUAGCACUAUUUUGGGACUAAAUUGUGGUUAUAAAUUUGCUGCUUUAUCCUUUGGUUGUGUAUCCAUUUAUACAGCUUAUACAUUAUUAGUAACCCAAUGGAGAACAAAAUUCCGAAUUUUUAUGAAUCAAGCCGAAAAUGAAGCUGGAAAUAAAGCUAUGGACUCAUUAAUAAAUUAUGAAACUGUUAAGUAUUUCAAUAAUGAACUGUAUGAAGCUAACAGAUAUGAUCGUGUCUUACAAAAAUUUGAGCUGGCUUCACUUAAGACUAGUUCAAGUUUAGCCCUUUUAAAUUUUGGUCAAAAUGCCAUUUUCAGCGUAACAAUGAGCGCAGCCAUGAUAUUAGCUGCAAAACAAAUAGUCGAAGGUAACAUGACAAUUGGUGAUCUGGCAAUGGUGAAUGGUCUCCUUUUCCAGCUGGCUAUGCCACUGGGGUUCCUAGGAUCUGUUUACCGUGAAGUGCGACAAGCAUUGCUCGACAUGCAGUCCAUGUUUGCGAUUAUGGCAUGCGACCCGUCUGUUAAGAACCGAACUAAUGCUGUCCCCUUGUCAAUCAGUAAAGAAAAUGCAUCCAUCGAAUUCCGAAAUGUCAACUUUGGAUAUCAAGACGGCAAACCUAUUUUGAAUGACUUGUCCUUUAUCGUUCCACCUGGCAAGAAAGUUGCAAUCAUUGGAGGUUCCGGUAGUGGGAAAUCAACAAUAAUCAGAUUGCUGUUCAGGUUUUUCGAACCGACGUCGGGCGAGAUACUCAUUGGAGGCAAGAACAUCAAGGAUGUUGAUAUUGAUAGUCUUCGGAAGUGCAUGGCUGUAGUUCCUCAGGAUUCGGUUUUAUUUCACGACACGAUCAUGUACAACCUCCACUACGGCGACAUGAGUAAGUCCGAGUCCGAAGUCGUCGAGGCGGCCAAGCUCGCGGAACUUCACAACUCUGUGUCGAAGCUUCCCGAUGGAUAUUUGACCCAAGUGGGUGAACGAGGCUUAAUGAUAUCUGGCGGUGAAAAGCAACGGGUGUCUAUUGCCAGAGCAAUACUCAAAGACAGUCCUAUUCUGAUAUUUGACGAAGCGACGUCGUCUUUAGACUCGAUAACCGAACAGAACAUACUUAAGGCGUUGCGACGAGCCACCAAGGACAAGACUAGUGUGUGCAUUGCCCAUCGACUGUCGACCAUUAAAGAUGCUGACGACAUAUUGAUAUUGCGCAACGGGAAAAUCGUUGAACGCGGCAGUCACCAAUGGCUGAUGGACAAUGGUGCAUCCGAGUAUUCCGAGAUGUGGAACAUUCAACAAGACAUUUUUACAUCGAAGAACCCGUAAACUAUAGCGACAAUCUAUAUUAUGAUAUAUAUAUAUAUAUAUUAUUAGUUUCGUUUUUAUUCACAUGGCAUUUACAUCGAAAGUCACGUUUCCGCGUUUGUCGUACUUACAUUGAAUUAUGCUAUUUUUGUACAAAUUAUUGUUAUUAUGUCCACGGUUAAGAGAUGUCAGGCUAUACCAAGUUACAAUUAUUAUGUGUAAGCUCCAGCUAAAUGUCGCAAGUGACGGCAUUUUUCGAUGUUAAUGAAAAAAUAUGUAGAUAGAUGCCUGCAGUUAUCUGUUAUAUAGCUCGGUAACUUAUAUAAUAUGAGAAUAACAUUAUAUAAUCGUACCCGCUGUACAUUAUUUGUUUUCUUAAUAAAUUUAAUUGUUUUUUUUUUCGGAACACCUUUGGUUUUAUUUCAAAAAAGUUCUAGUCUGUGGUGCGGUUAGAAGGUGGGAGAAGACAGGAGAAAGUAUUUAUGUGAAAUAAUAAACUUUAUGUCUAUUUGCUAAAG